AUGGCGGUGUCCCGCAGCGGGUCGACGCCGAGGCUCGAAGUGUUGUUGGAUGAUAUGCGAUCGACGGAUUCGGAUGUGCGGUACAUGGCGCUGCACGAUCUGUUGGGGGUGGUGAGGCAGCACACGUCAGAGCUGCGUGGCAGUCGGCAAGAGCACGAGGCGGUGGAGCGCGUGUUGGAGCUGCUCCAGGACACCCAUUCGGAGGUCAAGAACCUGGCUGUGACGGCCCUCGGCGUGUUUGCGACGCGCCUGCGUGAUGACCAUGUGACAAGGAUGAUGGAGGUGGUGUGUGCCGGCAUGCGCUCGUCCCUGGAGGAAGAGCGCGAUAUUUGUGCCUCAGCGCUGCGGACGUUGCUGCACGACCUGUCCCAGGCUGGCGACAAGGCGGCGCGCUGGAAGGAGGGAAUCGUGCACUACGUCACGCCCCUCCUCGCGAGUCAGCUCGAGGUGCGCGACUAUGGCCUCCAGGCCACAGCUCUCAGUGCGCUCCAUGACGUGCUGCUGCAGGCAGGUCCGCUGGUCGCUGCACAGGCACCUCUGGAGCAGGUGGUCGCAGAGACGCUGCUCUCCAAGUUGGCUGCAGAUCACUCGUCGCUCGUCCGCCGUGCGAUGCAGGGCCUGGGCGUCCUGUGCCAGCUGUGCUCGGCGCACACCUACGACGCCGUCCUGGAACGUGGCCUGGCGGGACAGCCGUUGUCGGCCCACACGUCCGUGCAGUUGCUGGGUGUGCUCGCACGCGAGACGCCACAGCGCCUCUCCCCGCAUGUGCCAACGUACGUCCCACGCGUCCUAUCCGUCCUUCGGCACGCGCUCGGCACGGACGACGACGUCGGCGAGACGUGCCUCGCCACCCUGCAGGCACUCGUGUGUAUCGGCUCCAUGGACGCUUCGUGCGUAUCUGCCGCUACAGAGGCGGCCCUCGCGGCCCUCACCUACGAUCCAAAUGCCAUGGACAUGGACGAAGACGAUGAUAUCACCACGGACGACGACGAGCUCGAGCUGGAUGACGUAUCGGACGACGAUGACAUGUCGUGGCGUAUCCGACGCGCGGCAUGCCGCGUCCUGGGCACAUUGUACGAGCACGGCACGAUGGAUGCAUCGCACGCACCGCACAUCGCUGCAUCGCUCACAGACCGCCUGAACGAGCGCGAAGAGACCGUGCGCUUGGAAGCGCUCGCUGCGCUGAUGCAGGUGCUUCGCGUCGCGCCUCGUGCGCUCGGACCACACACGCAGAUGGUAAGUGCGCUGAGCUCGUGGCGCAGCGCCACAGCCCAAGUCGCCGCGCUGCAGGCCCUGACCGCGCUUGUCGCGUCGCUGGGCGCGGAUCUGCCUCAGUCUGAUACAGCGCUGCGCAUGGCGCUCAGCGUCAUCGAAGACGAUGCAGCAGCAUCGCAUUAUAGCCAGGGUCGGUGCAUGGCCGGUCUCGAGCUGCUCAAGCAAAUGUGUUUGUCAGCGCCCUCAGUCGUGCUCACGGACGUCGAUCGCGUCUCGAGCACGCUAGCUCAAGUGAGCUGUCAGCCUUACCACCGGACGGCGCUCGAAGCCUUGGCGGUCGGCCCUCCCUUUUUUGUACACGUGGCCCCACAGGCCCCGGCCGCCUGCGCCGAGCGCCUGUGUGAAGUCUUGUGUCGCCCAUGGGACCAUGCGACCGCACUCGACGCAUCGCUCGUGGCACUCGACGCAGCUUUGUGCUCGGUCGGCCCUCGUCUGGCAUCGCUGCCUCGGCUCCUGCAGGUGAUCUCCACGCGUCUCCAGGACCCCGUGACGCGCGCGCGGUGCGUGCAGGCGGUGCAGGAUGUGAUGACAUGCCGAUCGCUGCAGACGUGCAUGCCUGUACAUGAGCUGGGCCGCCAGAGUCUGCCCCUGUUGGCCUCCCUCGCCCAUCACCGGGAUAUGGGGGCCGCAGCGCUGCACGCCUUGCAUAGCGUCGCUGUCGUGCUGCCGAGCGAUGCACAGCCCACCGUGCUCGAGCUGCUGCAGCGCCCCAUGCCGCCGCUCGACGCUCCUACAUUGCCACCGACGCUGGCGCUGGCGCAGCAGGCGGUGCAAUACGAUCCGCCCGUCGCACACCACGUGGCCAAGUGGGUGCUGCCAGCCAUGCUGCCGGCGCUCGCGGAUGUGCCGCCACCCGCGCUCGAAGCCUUCUUUGCGCUGCUCACGUCCUUGGCGUCGGCAGAAGAUGCUCUGGCGCCCAGGCUCGUCGAAGCGCUCGAGCAGGCCUGGGAAGCGCAUUGUGCGCAGCGCUCCGUGCACAUGCCGCUGGUGUUUGCCCAAUGCCUCGUGGCCGCCGCCACCGCGAGCGCCUCGAUUGAUGUGGUGCUAGCGCGUGUAGAGGCGCUCAUGAAUAUGCCGGAUGCCGUGCCACAAACCCUCGCGCAUUACACGAUCGGCGUGCUCGGCCAGCGCUCCCUGCUGGCAGGCUGGCCACACGCCAAGACGGUGUACGAGCGCAUGGGGAGCAUGCACGGCCAAGGCACCGGUAGCAUGUUUGCGUUGGGUGGCAUGCUGCUGGGGGACCAGCAUUUCUUGGCGCCGGUGGCCGAGCGCCUGGCCGAGGACGAGCCCGGCGUGUUGCCUAUACUACGGGAGGCGUUUGCUAUGGCAUCCGAGACACAGACGCGCGAGUUGGCGCCCAGCGUGUGGUCGUACCUGAUCCGCCCGAAGCUGCUGAGCGCCGAGCCAGAUGCUUGCACGGAAUGCAUCGCGCGGAUCGUGUAUGCUGAUACGAGCCUCCUGACAGAGCUGGCGCAGCUCGUUCAUUCACAGCACGAACAGCAUCGGGCUAUGGCCCUGGGCGCCCUCCGCACGCUUCUCUCGUUGGACCGUCAGCAAGCUCUGGAUAUCCAGCCGCACUUCUCGGCCUUUAUGGAGCGUCUCAGUGAUCCAUGCCUGUCAGUGCGCCACGCCUCUGUGCUGGCCCUGCAUGCGGCGUUGAACAGCCGGGCCGCUCUCGUCAUGCAGCACGCUGACCUUGUCCUCCCGCUCCUGUACGAAACGACCGUGGUGCGAGAGGAGCUCAAGCGCAGCGUGAGGAUGGGCCCAUUCACCGUGAUCCAAGAUGACGGGCUGGACCUGCGCAAGAAUGCGCACGAAACGCUGUUUACGCUCGUGGAUACGUGCCUGGAUCAGGUACGAACACGCGACGUGCUGGACUGUGUGCUCCGCGCUCUAAGUGACGACGACAGCAUCAAACUCCUCGGCUGCCUCAUGAUCCUGCGACUGGCCGACCUCGAGUGUGCUGAUGUCGCAGCCUACCUCGACGCCAUCGCCCCGAAACUCCACGCGGUACUUACGCGCAAACUGCGCGAUAAUGCCACGAAACAAGAGGUGGAAAAGGCAUCAGAGAUCACACAUGCUUCCCUGCGUGUGCUUGCGCGCCUAUCGCCUAUGGCCUCGUCCCAUCCAGCCUGGUCCGACCUGAUCACGCAAACGCGCGCCUCGCCGCAGGGCCCAGCGUUCCUCGCGCUGCUGGCCGAGCAAGAAGAUCUUACGUAG